AUGAGCAGCUAUUGGAAAAAUAUAUCAUUCUUUGUGCACGUUCUUAAUGUCAAGUCGAGUUACUUGCAAACCCAAACUUCUAUUCAGGAACUACCCAUUCCUACGGGGAUUGCAGACAUCGUGCUUUCGCAAAUCGAGGAAUGGACGAAGAGCAUGAAGUUACCGGUUCAGUACUGGGAAGAUUUCGUUCAACUGAUACAGAAAAAGGCGAAUCCCUUGUGCACGAAAGCGAAUUUACGCGAAACUGUACAAAUCCUGCAGUAUGCUGGUGACGUAAGUACGCUGAUCAAUUGUAGUCUGAUCCUAAUUGAUUUGUUUGUGUCUUAUCUGUCUAUCCAGGUGCUUGUCCUAAAUGCCAACGAUGGGAAUGACAUCGUAGUACUCACUCCAUCCUGGCUUCUGACAGAUGUGAUCGGCAACCUUUUCUCGCAGGAAACCCUGCUGCAUACACGAAUCACAGGCAGCUUCACGACGGAUGACCUCCAAUUUAUUGUGGCAGAGAACGAUAUAGAUCUGUUAAUAAAGGUCUUGGAGACCCUGGACUGCUGUGUGGCCUGCUUAGUGCAGCCAGAAGUCAUGCCAGCCCACGAGCGACGAAGGUCAAUCUACUCCUUCUACGAAGAUGCCCUCUCAAAUGCCACCAGCGUGUACUCUCAUACCGGACAGGAACUGCAGCUCGAAAUACCUCGACUGAACCUGAUUCAGUCCUCCGAAGACGACUGGGGCAAGUAUCUGAGGGGCAGUAACAUUCGCCGCGCCGGAAUUCAACUGAGGAGUUCUAACGAUCAGCUGAUACACCUCUUUCCGCGAAUUCAAUGCAGACUUCGAAGGGCCAUUCAAGAAAUGGAGUUGAAUCAGGAAGAAGCAAUCCUAACAGACUACUUUCCCACAGUAGCUUGGAACUGGCAACUUGACGGGGAGGAAAACGCUAUCAAUGUACCAGAGCUCCAUCAGUGGAUGCACGGUAGCAAGUUGAGCCUCUGCGGUGGCCUAGAUAUGAAGAAGAACUGUGGCAAAUUUUUCCACAACGUGUUACACUAUACUUUCGCCAGCAAAGUUUCCUACAUACAAGCCUAG